AUACCCGGUGAGUUAUGGCUUCUAUUCCUAUUGUUGUUACUUGCACCUCAUGUCAUAUGUUUAGUUUAGCCUUCUCUGUCAGCGGCGAGGGUUUUACAUGUGAUAAAUGCAGGGAAGUAGUUAGGCUGACGGAGAAGAUCUUAGAAUUAGAGUCUCGCAUCCCAUCUUUAUUUGAGGAUAGUAAGAGUGUAAGGACCGUAGAAAACACUUCGGAUGCGAGCAAUGUUAACACACACAGCUCGGUUCCGGUUGAAAAUCCCCUGCAGCAGGGAAGCUUUGUAACGGUGAGACGGCAUAGUCGCAGGACAAAACAUCACUCAACCGUUCCGAUUAAAGUCUCGAACAGGUUUGCCCCGCUCAGUGACGCACCGACUGAGAAACCUGCUGAAAGUGCCCUAGUGAUCGGUGAUUCUAUUGUCCGGAACGUUAACAUAGAGGCACCAGCCACCAUAGUCAAAUGUUUACCGGGAGCAAGAGCGCCUGACAUCAAGUCAAAUUUAAAUGUGCUGGCUAAGGCUAAUCGUAAAUACAGUAAGAUUGUUAUUCAUGUCGGCACAAAUGAUGUUAGACUCCGUCAAUUGGAAAUCACUAAAGAUAAUAUUAAAGAGGUGUGUGAGCUCGCAAAAACGAUGUCAGACACUGUAAUAUUCUCUUGCCCCCUUACUGCUUACCGUGGUGAUGAGAUUUAUAGCAGAUUAUCAUCACUAAAUGGCUGGUUGUCUGAGUGGUGCCUGCAGAAUAAUAUAGAUUUUAUAAAUAACUGGAAGAGUUUUGAGGGCAGACCUGACCUGUUGAAACGAGAUGGUCUCCAUCCCUCCUGGGAUGGGGUUUCCCUCCUCUCUAGAAAUUUGGCACACAGUCUUAAUAAUGCUAAAGUCUGACUACCUAGGGCCCAGGUCAGGAAGGAGACAGAA